GUACCUUCAGCCAGUGAAGCGUGGGCGGGCGGGCUGCGGGGAAAAGAGACUGCCGGGGAAUAUUUCCUUAUUUCUCUUCGCCCGGGCGCUCGGUCAGCUGCCUGAGCAUCACCUCAGCCGCGCGGCGUAGCGAGCUACGAAAAUAGCUCGACCCGUUUAAACUUGUUCCGAAUUGUUUUUUUUUUUUUUGUUCUUGGGGAGUGCGGCGCUCGUUCGAAGAGCGCGUUACGGAGGUGCGGGUGCGGGUGAGUGAGGAGAGAGGGAGAGUUAUUAUACGGGCGUGCGAGCGUGUGCGUUUUGAUGUUAUUUGUGACGGAAUCCCCCCUUCAGCCUCCAAGAAUCGGCGAGCGGCGCGAGGAGGAGGAGGAGGACAGGAGAGGAGGAGGAGGAGGAGGCGGCGCGCGGACCUGUCCACGAGCCCUCACUGCGGAACGCGCGGGGCUGCCGCCGGAGAUUCCGAACCAACGGUGUGUUUUGGAUUUUUGCGUCUGACUGAUCCCCGCGCGUCAACGGCCGCUUCCUCCGCCCGAGUCGCCGAACGGACGGUGUUUGACGCGUACACGGAGAGGAAUACUACCCAUCCGUCCUCUGAGGGAGACGCGCUGCUGGUGCGGAGGGGGGAAGGUGUUUGGAGGCAGACAGGUGGAUUUAUCCGUGGCGGUGUUUUGAUGGGGGAGCCCGGAUGGAGGAGGAAUUGAUGGAUUAAUUGACGGAGGAGAGACGUAUGUGAUCCCCACUCCUGCCGAGGGCACCCGAAUGGAGUAACAGGCUGCAAUGUCAUCUCCACCUGACCGCCUGGAGAGAUGUGUCACGGGAAUGGGAUCAAGUUUGAACACUUUUCCUCUGGUUUCACCGACGCUGUGAGAAGGAACCGCGAUGCCGGCGAGCGGACAGGUCACGGCGGCCGCCUGCACGGGCCCUCGCACCUCCGCAGUCGAAAUCAACAUGCGUCGCACGGACUCCGAAGAAGAAGGCGCAAAACCUCCGCGAGCGCAAACCAGCAGCAGCAGCCGCGCGUUGUGACACGGAAGGGUAUGAUGGGUGUAGUGGGCUGGAUGUUGCUCCUACUCUCACAAAUGAUGGUGCCUGCGGCGUCCCAGAAGCCUCCGGGGCUCAGCGUGGGUGUGAUCAUGGGUCAAACGCGCCUUGUAUCCGAUCAGGAGAUCCGAUUACCUCGUCAGCCUGAUGAUCCGCUUGAUGUCUCUGUGGUGACACUGAGGAUGAACCAGACAGACCCAAACUCUGUGAUUACACAGGUGUGCGAGCUCCUGUCACGCACUCGUCUCCACGGCAUCGUGUUCGCCGACGGCACCGAUCAGGAGGCCAUCGCCCAGAUCCUUGACUUCCUCUCCGUGCAGACUCAGCUUCCAAUCCUGGGAGUCCACGGAGGGUCCUCCAUGAUUAUGGCUGACAAGGAUGAGAAGUCUACGUUCUUCCAGUUUGGAGCCGCUCUGCAGCAGGAGGCCCUGCUCAUGCUCGCCAUCAUGGAGGAGUACGACUGGCACGUUUUCUCCAUUGUCACUUCCAAGUUCCCUGGGUACCAGGACUUCAUCAGCACGCUGAGGAUAACUGUGGAUCACAGCUUUGUGCGCUGGGACCUGCAGAGUGUGGUGACUCUAGAUGCCGUGGAUGGCGACCCGAACUCCAAAUCACACAUCGCCCUCAAGAGGAUCCAGAGUCCCGUUAUACUGCUCUACUGCUCCAAGGACGAGGCCUUGUAUAUAAUGGAGGAAGCUCGGUCCUUGGGCCUGAUAGGAGCCGGUUAUAUCUGGAUCGUGUCCAGUCUCACCACUGGCAACACAGACUUCACCCCGGAGAUGUUUCCUUUGGGAAUGAUCUCGGUGUCCUACGACGACUGGGAGUACCCGCUGGAGACGCGGGUGCGGGACGGGGUGGGCAUCAUCUCCUCCGGAGCCACCUCCAUGCUGCGGGAGAAGGGGGAGCUGCCGGAGGCCCAAAGCAGCUGCUACAGCACGGCGUCAGACCGGAGCCCGGGGAAGCUGCCGCCUAGUGCCCUGCGCAGACACAUGAUGCACGUGUGGAACGAAGGCCGGGAUUUGUCCUUUACCCCGGACGGUUACCAGGCCAACCCCAAACUGCUGGUCAUCGUCCUGAACAGCGAGAGGAAAUGGGAGAAGAUGGGCCGCUGGGAGAACGGCACGCUGUCGCUGCUGUUCGCCGUGUGGCCGAGGUACAACUCCCACGGGGACGAGGAGGCGGACGAGAACCACCUCUCCAUCGUCACCCUGGAGGAGAAGCCCUUCGUCAUCGUGGACAACGUGGACAUCCUCACGGGCACCUGCAUGAGAAACUCCGUGCCUUGCCGCAAGCAUGUCAAAGACAACAGCACCACGGGCGGCGCCUACAUCAAGCAGUGCUGCAAGGGAUUCUGCAUCGACAUCCUGAAGAAGAUCGCGAGGAACGUGAAGUUCACCUACGACCUCUACCUGGUCACCAACGGAAAGCACGGCAAGAAGAUCAACAACGUGUGGAACGGCAUGGUGGGAGAGGUGGUGUACCAGAAGGCAGCCAUGGCAGUCGGUUCCCUGACCAUCAACGAGGAGAGGUCAGAGGUCAUCGACUUCUCCGUGCCCUUUGUGGAGACCGGUAUCAGCGUGAUGGUGUCUCGCAGCAACGGGACCGUGUCGCCCUCUGCUUUCCUCGAGCCCUUCAGUGCAUCUGUUUGGGUGAUGAUGUUUGUGAUGCUGCUCAUCGUCACAGCCAUCGCCGUCUUCCUCUUUGAGUUUGUCAGUCCGCUGGGCUUUAACCGCAACUUGGCCCAAGGCAAAGAGCCGCACGGCCCGUCCUUCACCAUCGGUAAGGCCAUAUGGCUGCUGUGGGGCCUGGUGUUCAACAACUCCGUGCCCGUGCAGAACCCAAAAGGAACCACCAGUAAGUUCAUCGUGUCGGUGUGGGCCUUCUUCGCCGUCAUCUUCCUGGCCUCCUACACCGCCAACCUGGCCGCCUUCAUGAUCCAGGAGGAGUUUGUGGACCAAGUCACUGGACUGUCUGACAAGAAGUUCCAGAGUCCGUUCUCCUACUCCCCUCCAUUUCGCUUCGGGACGGUUCCUAACGGCAGCACCGAGCGCAACAUCAGGAAGAACUACCCAGACAUGCAUCAGUACAUGACCAGAUACCAUCAAAAUGGCGUCGUGGAUGCGCUGAUCAGCCUCAAGACCGGGAAGCUGGACGCCUUCAUCUACGACGCUGCGGUGCUGAACUACAUGGCCGGCAGAGACGACGGCUGUAAACUGGUGACCAUAGGCAGCGGCUACAUCUUCGCCACCACGGGCUACGGCAUCGCUCUGCAGAAGGGCUCCUACUGGAAGCGGCUGGUGGACCUGGCCAUACUGAGCAUCAUAGGCGACGGUGAGAUGGAGGAGCUGGAGGCCCAGUGGCUCACUGGGAUCUGCCACAACGAGAAGAAUGAGGUGAUGUCCAGCCAGCUAGAUGUGGAUAAUAUGGCCGGGGUCUUCUACAUGCUGGCCACGGCCAUGGGCCUCUCCAUCCUCACCUUCAUUUCUGAACACCUUUUCUACUGGAGGCUGAGAUACUGCUUCACUGGCGUCUGCUCCGGGAGGCCAGGGCUGCUCUUCACUAUCAGCAGGGGUAUAUGGAGCUGCAUCCACGGCGUCCAUAUAGACAUGAAGAAGAAGACUCCUGAGCUGGACUUCAGUCCUCAGGCCAACAUGCUGCACUUGCUCAAGUCUGCCAAGUCCAUCGCCAUGGCCUCGCCCAAACGCAACACGGUCCUGCUGCAGCCGGGCAUCCUGGAUAUGAUGUCGGGGAAAGGUAACUCACUCCAUAGUCUGCCUCAGAAGGGUCCUGGUCUCUAUAGCAACGCCGCUGGUCCGCAGGGUUUCCUGUCAUUGUCCGGGCGACACAAAAACCUCCUUAACAAUGCUGCACCCUUUCCCGGGCAACAGAAAGCCCCGCACCAGAGCCCCAACAAGCCCCAGCUGUCAAUCACCAACGACAACAGCAAGACCCGGCUCGCCGGGCCGGCCUGCUCCGCGUCCAAGCCGCGGGCCCUGUGGAAGAAAAGCGUGGAGACUCUGAAGACCCAGCCCACUGUCAUAUCUCCCGGGCCCGGCUCGAGCCCGGCCGCGGCCGCCGGAGCGGUGCCCCCGCAGAUGAAGAGCCAGCGCUACCUGCCCGAGGAGCCGCCCCACUCCGACAUCUCCGAGUGCUCCAGCCGGCCGCCGUCGCACAAGGACUCGGACUCCAUGGCGGCGAGGGGCGGCUUUAAGCCUAUCAAUCAGCUGAGGAAGCGGGGCGGCGGCAAGAUCUACUCCAUUGAUUCGGACCAGGCCAGCCUCCAGUCGGCUCCCCCCUACCAGCGGGACAGCCAGGGGGGAGGCGACGAGCACAGUUACCCCCCUGACCUGUUUCCACCCGACAGCACGUACGCACACACUCACACGCACUCGCAUCAGGCGGACGCGCCCAUCCUGCAGCUGAGCGCCAGCCUGCUGCAUCACAGCCACAGCGCCGAGGCCGACUUACACUCCCUGAAGGACAAGAAGUACAGCACGUACACACACAGCAGCGCCAAGGACAAGUCCGGAGGCUCGUUCGACGGCCCGGGGGCCGGUCAGGGCUCGCAGGGCGCGCGGCCCGGCCACUGCCGCUCCUGCCUGACCAAGCUGAGCGGCUACUCCGGCCUCUACACCGUGCGCUCGGCGCAGGCCCGCUGCGACGCCUGCACCCACCUGGGCAACCUGUACGACAUCAGCGAGGACCACCUGCACUCGCACUACUCGCACCCGCACGGCGCCGACAUGUUCACGCACUACCUGCCCCAGAGCGAGCUGGGCCUGGUGGGCGAAGGCGACGGCCUGGUCAGCCACUUCGAGCCCUCCUCCCCGUCCCCGUCCCCCCUCCCCGCCUCCUCGUCUGCCCAGCAGCUGCAGCUGAGUCGCCAGCACUCCUAUGAGAACAUGCUUCCCGACGGCGUUCCGGAGCGGCAGCCGCAGCCGCACGCCCACCUGCGGGGGCUGAGCCUGCCUGACAGGGACAGGGAGCGGGAGCUGACCCUGGAUGAGGGCGCCUACGCUAACGUGCUCACCAUGCGCUCCGACCGUCCCUUCAGCAGCCGCAGCCCGCCCUCCCCGUCUCCCUCCCACCACCACAGCCUGGACGCCCCGCUGCCGCUGCCGCGCCGCUCCAAGAGCCUCUUCCCCGACCGGCCGUCCCACAACCCGUUCCUCCAGUCGGCCCCGGGCACCGCGCAGCGGGACUCGGGCUCGCAGGCGGCCAACCGCGCGCCGCAGAGGAGCUCCGCCCACGAGCUCUACAAGCAGCGGAUGCCCAUGUCGCUGACCCUCGGUAACCACGGCAACCACCACAUCAACCAGCACGGCGGCCUCGUUGACCAGCAGGUGUUCUACCCGCAGCAGGAGCCCGCGGUGGUGGCCUACAUGGUGCCGCCCGCCGCCUCCCAGCCCAUGAGCUACGUGACGGCGCCGCGCGCCUCCAGCGCCGGCGGCAACAGGCCCCGGCUGUACCGGCGCAUGCCCAGCAUCGAGUCCGACGUCUGAGAGCCGCACGCAGCACACUUAGUCCUACUCAAACACCAUGACACGCGCGCACGCGAGCGCGAGGCGUGUGUGACCGGACCAGGCAGCUCUGAUUCUAAGCACACACACACACACACACACGCAUACACACACACACGCACAGGUGAACGACAGGACGCUCCGCUCCGGACUAAAAGGUUAAUGGUGAUGCCGAGUGAAUAAUUUAUUGUUUCUUUAUCACACCUUGUAUAAGGGCAGGUCUAGGGCCACGGGGAAACCUGGAGGCACCAUAAAAGAUGAAAGCAGGGGUGUGUGUGCGUGUCGGUGUGUGCAGAGGCCUCGAGCUGCGGCCGACGAGGCGCAAACACACCAUAACUCUGACGAGAGCGAUGGACAUGGAACAACUGGGAGCCUGAAGCCGGUGGAACUGUUUGGAAGACGAGCCGCCCUGUCACCAGCAUCCUGGAGACGACGGGGGACGCAGGACCCCCCCCCCCAUUGAUUCACACACAGGUUCCACCCGCACACGCCCACCCUCCUGGUGCCUCCCGUUGCACUACGAUCCCUGCAGUCGGCCCGUCCGUGGUCUGAGCCUCCACACUGCACUGCUGGUUCCCCACACGAGAGCGGUCCCGGCCGGAACCGGUCCGCGCCGGUGCCGCUCGGACCACCGGCCGCCAGGAGCGUGUCAGCCUCUGCCCCUCAGAUGUACAAACACUCGAACACACACGGGAGGGGGGAGCAGCGUGCGUAACAAUACAUACGUCACACACAGGCAGACUGUUUGCUAUCGUUGAUGUCAGUUGAUUGAACAUUCCAAAAAGCGGACCAAACGUGAAAGCGGGUCGACGCCUCUCAGGACGAGAGUGUGUGUUCUAGUGUUUCUAGAUCUAGAGACACACAGUCGAGCGUCUCUGCUUCCUCUUCCUCUUAGCUAGCCUUCAGGUCAUACUGCAUGCUUCCUACUGCCCUGUGUUACAGUCUAACUCCUAUACAGGGUCAUAUAUGCACACACACACACACACACACACACACAGAUAUAUAUUUAUAUAUAAAUAUAUAUGUAUGCACACACACACACACACAUGCACAUACGCAGUAGUGUAGGAUCGUAGUUUAGGGUGGGUGUGUGUGUCGAGGCUAUGAGAUAGCUUCUCUUUGUGCACUUUGUAGAUUUUAUACCCUGCCACCGAACACAGACGUUUGACCAAAAACACUUUUAUACUGAAAACUAUGAAUAUUCUCAGUCAUUCGCUGUAUCGAUGUUUUCCUUUCUCUUAUUUCUCUCUGCCGCUGGGUUUUAGGGCACCGUUAGGGACAGUUUUCAUUGUGAAGUGUGGUUUUUAUUUUUCAAGAUAAUGGUUACAGCAUCAAACAGUAAACACAACAACAACUCUUAAUCUUUCUCUUCUUUUUUUUAUUGUGCUCAUCCUCCUUCUAGCACUUUGCUUCUCCCACCAUCAGUUUUGGUUUAUUCUAUUUAUUAUUCCUUUGUCUUCUGUUCUUCCCCUGCUUCUAUCUAUAGCAUAGAUUGAGUGUCAGACCAAUAAAGUUCAGUAGUAGGAUUCAUCCUAUUCAGCACUGGAUCUCGUAGGAUGCAGUACUUUGUUUCUAAUAACUUUCUGUAUUGAACAAAAAAAGAACUCGAGGCCGGAGUUAAUGUUUCCGCAGUGAAUUUAGAGGCCGAGUGCGCCGCCGCUGCACAUUUAAUCAGAUUCAAUUUCCCCGACGAGCGUCAGAGUAUCUGGUGCUUGUGUGGCUCUCUGUUGGCAAGAACACGGUGCUGUGUGUCAGCAGGGAGUCACGUGGCAACGCGGAGAGUUUGCAAAGUGACUCGCUACAGAGGCAACGCUCACUUACACACACACACACACACACACACACACACACACUCGACCAGCCGGCAGUGUGUGCAUGAGUGUAGAAAUCCAUAAUCUACUGAGUGGGGCAUUGAUUUUUGAGCACAAGGAUUUUGAUGGAA